CACAUGAUGAAGAACAAGCUUAGGAUAGAGAAGGAACAAUAUAUUUAAUAUGAAUAAAAGAUAUAAGAUAAUAUUCAGCAGAGACCACGCCUGCAUGGCCGAGCCAUGCUAUUCGAUCAACUCCAAUUCAUUCAAUUCAUUGUUCGCGCCUUCUCCAUCGUUAGGUAUUUCUCCGCGUUAACUAUUGAAUAUCUAUUUUCCGAGCAAUCACGUAUUCAGCUUUGAGGAUUGUGUGGUUAUUGUCCAAUGCCACCACACUACUCUCCCACUAGAAUCAACUUGGUGUUGGUUCAAUACCAAGUUGGAUGGGAUUGUCGCGCGCCGGAGGUUACCAAGAUUAGGUAGAAUCCUCCGGAUAUUGAUAAACUGAAAGAUAAAUCAAAAAGAAUGCGGCAGCAUCUGGUCGGGAAAUACAUAUAAUAGUUAUAAAAUAUCUGCCUUCAUGCUUAACACGCUUAAAAUGAAAAUUUGGGUGAAGAUUGUUUGAGCUAUAAAAAAAUGGGGUUACAAUAGUAAUAAUGAAACGAUACGUGUUAAUAGACGUUGGUUAAUAACUUAACGUAUAGGUAGUAAGUAUUUUGUGUUUAGAAAUAUUAAAGUAAUGAAUAUUGUAGAAACGUUAAUAUUGAUAUUAGUUUUGGUUUAAAUUAUGAAAUCAAAUAACGAUUAUACCGGUCAGCUGUCCAUAUGAGUUGAUUUCCACUUGCAUCUGUAUUAGCAGGCUAACUGAAAGAACAUAAGUAUUACCGUGGAGAAGAAUUCCAACUAGGGUUCCAGUUAGUUUGAUACGGUUUAUUUAGUUACAUGGAGAUUUUCUCAAUCUCGUUUUUACUUGACCGUGAUAGAAUUUAUUAAUACUACUAAUAUACAUGAAAGGUUGUUAAAACAAAAUUUAAAUACGUGAGUGUUAAUUAUGUGAAUUUUGGACAGAUAACUAGGAACAAAUCGUUAAACAUGAGUGUAUUCGUAAGAGACAUGCUCUAGACUCAAUAUUCUGAUCUGCGGCAGACUAUUUAUUUAUAUUUAUACUUGCCUCCUGAUUGGGCAUACAAGUUAGUUGCAAGUACGCGGUUUAUCAUAAAGCGGAAUACGAUUUAAUUGAAAUACAGUGGUUAUAAGUUAUUGAAAUCAGUUAAGCCUAUGUCAUAUUACUAAGUGAUGUGGUGCUGCAAGAUGUAUUUGGCUAAAUAAGUUUUAACCAGAUGAUUAAAUAGUGAGUGAUGCUCAUGUGAUUAUCAGGGAGAACAUAAGCUGUAACCAAGGGGAGUACACUCGCACCUCAUGUCUAUGAUAAUUGCUUGAACCUUAGUCAGUGUUGGGGUAAAUUCGACAUUGAUGUUUUCAGUUUGCAGGAGAUUUGCUCGACUGCUUAUACUGAUUAUUUGCAUGCAUGAUUGUGUCGCUAAACCAUCAAUAAGACUGACAAGGUUUUGAGAUAUUUACUGAAUGAGUAACUGAUAGAGAAACAUACUGUAAUCAUCUGUAGUGAAUGAAAAUAAACGAAAAACAACACUAGUGAUAAUUAAAGUCAAUUUACUGACCGAUUUUGUUAAUAGUUUCAUUAAUUUUAUCAAUCAUAUUACGUGAUUGUCAAGUCAUGACAAUGCUUUAUGACGAUAUCCUGAAACUAUUACGUUUAACUAGUUAUAAUGUUGAUUGAGGAUUAGUCAGUGAAAAAAUAGAUAUUGUUGCUUUAGGUGAUUCGAAAUUAUCAGAAAUUUAUAACGUUAAAGAAUCCGAGACGCCUAAUUUAAUUAUAAGUUUCAACUCGGAAAUAUUCGUUUAGUGUUAAUUCCAGUAGGCUACGGAGUUUUGAUUUUAAACGUUUGUUUAGCCAACAACUACCCGAGGAUUUAGUUACUUUACUAGUGCAGUCGAUAGUACCUAAAUUUUUAAUUUUAUUAUCUAAACUAUGUUCGCAUUUUAGGCUAAUCCAUAAACCCAAAUACGAUUAGCAACAACGACUAUGAUGGGUUUAUUGAUAAAUGUUAAAGGCGAUUCAGAUGAUUUCUAAAUUUAGAAGACAUGAAGAUAUAGUGCAACGCAUGUACGGGCCAGGUUAAGAAGCAGGUUAUUGACGUAUAUGACAACUUAAAAAUAAUGAACAUGACCAGAAAGAUAAUUUUAAAGUUAAGACUGCUUAUGAAACUUCAGGCAGGAAUAUGACGCGUUAUAAACAUUCCAUAAGAAUUUACUGCAUUUAGCCUAGGGACACUUGCAAAUAUGUGGCAAAAGAAACUGGAAAAUAUAUACAUGUUAAGUGCAAAAAAAUCACCCAGUAAAAUAGUUGAACUCGCCUGGGUUAUUUUUGAAAAUUGUAUUAUUCAGUGGACGACAUAUAUAACGCCAUUCGUGAGUAGUAAUGAUCCAAAAGUUUCCAGAAUAAAACAUGCAGUAUGGCAAUUAAUUGCAUGGUGCUUAAUGCUGUUGAGGUUUUUGGGACUCGCUCUGAUCAGAACAAUCGAAUGAAUCCAGAUAAUUGUGUGGUUGUUAUUGAAUGAGCCAUCUAAAAUGACCUUAUGAUUUCAGGAAACUUAUAGUUGAAUCUCACCGUAUGUUUUUGGAGUAGUCAUCCUUGUUGUUUUGCAAUGGAACUCGAAAAUAUGAAAUUAGGCAGGCAGUGGUCGGAAGAAAGAUAUUACAAGAUAGUGCAUAGUUUAAAACAGGAUGAGGUGUUAAGUGAAGGAACAUUGAGAAUUAGAUCCAGAUAACUAUUUAGUCCUUGGUUGCAUUGUUAGUCGAUGUAUAUUUACGCUAUUUACAGGUCAUAUUUGCUAGAGCUUGAUGUUUAAACAAGACUAUGUCGCUGAAGCAUGUAAAUGCUAUUAAAGCUUGUUAACGAACCAUCAAAGCUAAUUACUUGAUAUAGGCGAACAGUUUUUAUUAUCGCUUGAGCUAGUAUGUCAUGAGAGCUAAUCAAUAUAACCUUAUGAUAAUACUUGUGAGCAUUAAUCAGAGGACUAUUAGAAUAUUGGGUUAACAUAAAUAUAAAAUCGAUCAAGGAAGUUAAAGUGGAAAUAAUGAUUAUUUGUAUUAGGUUGCGUUUCUUUAGUCGGGCUUACCAAUGUGGAAUUAUGGUCUAUUAGGAUAUUAGUACUGCUCUAAUAAUAGACCUAAUCCUAAAUUUGUAGAUUUGUCAUGAUAUAACUGCCUAAUCUAUAAGAUCUUACGUGGAAGUCACACUAUCCACUACACCAACUCACUGUAUCGUAACAACUACCAACACAUGAUGAAGAACAAGCUUAGGAUAGAGAAGGAACAAUAUAUUUAAUAUGAAUAAAAGAUAUAAGAUAAUAUUCAGCAGAGACCACGCCUGCAUGGCCGAGCCAUGCUAUUCGAUCAACUCCAAUUCAUUCAAUUCAUUGUUCGCGCCUUCUCCAUCGUUAGGUAUUUCUCCGCGUUAACUAUUGAAUAUCUAUUUUCCGAGCAAUCACGUAUUCAGCUUUGAGGAUUGUGUGGUUAUUGUCCAAUGCCACUACAUCUCCAUUACUGGUAUAAAAGACAUGAGUAUUUGGAAGGAAGUGACGAGAAACGCUAUGCAAAGCGAUACUGGCUUAUGAAACAAGGCUUAUGUUGGCAGAAGUAGAAUGCAUUCAUUUGUGAUUACAAAUCAGUUUAUAUUGGUUCAAGUAAGACCAGAUGUUCAAGUCAGUAGACUGUUUUAAAAGGAUGCGAGAUAACCAUAAAGAAACAACACUGCUUAUCGCCUGAAAAGACAGAUGCGGAAAUUACAUGUGAUCUUCACUGAUCCCAGCAAUACCAUUUUGCUGUGAGACAAUGGAGUAAAAUGGAAACAUUAAACACAUUAAUAUUCACAACUUGAAAUAGUGCAGCUUAGUGGCUAAAAUAAACUUCUUUUGACACAGUUAAAAAUUUGAGACAGCCUGAAGAUCCAGGGGUAUAGAAAUCAACUAGUUCAAACCAUGUAGCUCUAUUGGAUAGUGCUAGCCGUUUUGUCCUACCGAAGGUCGUGACCAGGUAUGUAUACGCGCCUUUUAUGUAAUUCCACAUUUUUCAAGUAGGAGACUUUCUGAGUUGAUUUAAUGGAGCCGAAUGUCUAACACCACUUUUUUCAGAAGACUACAGAUUUUUCCAGCUAAAUAUUAACAUUUAAUCCAUGGCAUCCGCACUGUUUUAACACUAGAUAUAUGCAUUUUACCCGAUCCCCUUUUUUUGAAAUAAAUUUUGUCCGUUUUGGGUAGAUUUUGGGGAAGCCGCAAUAAAAAACUCAGGGACUUUUUGUGGAGAUGUUACAAAACCCCAAAAUUUUCCCAGGUUUGGGGAAAGUCCUUAAAGUUUUCGACAAAUAUCUCUCCAGAAUUUUAUAACACUGGGGUUUUUCCCCAAACUUCGUGAAAAACUGCCAACUUUCUUACGGAUUUGUGGAAAAUCUCGAAUUUUAUUCAAAAUCGGGGGAUCGGGACCUACUAUCAUCUCGUUCUCUCUGUUUUGGGGAAUUUUCGGGCUUUUCCUAAUAACACUUAGCAGCUUUCCCCAAAUUUUGGGGAAAUUUCCUCGAACCUGGGGAAGCUUUUGGGGUUUCUGUGUCGUUUACCCAAAAUUCUUUAUAGCGACUUCCACAAAAUGAAUAAAAUUCUCACCAAAGUAUGGAGAUUGGGAUUUAGAUACAAUACACAUCAAGUUAAGAUUUGUAACCUAGCUAGUUGUAACUGUUGAUUAUCAUAUAGUAAUCUAUAUAUAAAUAUAUCCAUGAUAGAUUUGACUUAAUGUAAUUAUGUACGAUAUAUGAACAUAUGAAAUCAGAUAUCUGAUGUCAUACAUCUCGAAUUCGAGAUGUGAUGGAACUGUAUGCUAACGCUAACUCAAGCUCACGACAUAGCUUAUUUGAAAGCACCUUCAUUUAAGCGUGGUUUAAAAUCCGUAUCUAUCCACUGAGUCUGCUAUCACUUCCAUCACGCUUCACCACCCUAUGUAAAUCAUUCAAACAGCUUAGUCAACAGCAUAUGUUGUUGACAUUGUGACCUUUUUCAUUUCCAGUAACAUUCCGGAGAUUUUAUUUUCAGUCUUUAGUCGAAACUUUCGCCUUUGAAAUCCUUUGUCUGAUUUCUUAUAGCCAAUGAUUCGAAGUGGUCAGAAUAUUGCUGUAAAUUUUAACUUCUACAUCAGCCCUGUGCAUCUGUUUGUAAUCAAAACAUCCAAUCUUAUUUCGAACUUUGAUCUUUGAAUGUAAAGGUCCAAAUUUGUAUACAAGGCUUACAAAUACGAGGAAGUAAUAAGAACUGCGGUUUUUUAAAACGAAUUUUGUUCAUUCCAUUGGUUUUUCUUGACCUGUGUAUUUCUUACACCGACUAACCUAAAUUCACGGAUUUAAUUCCUAUCACAAUGUUCCCACUUUCGUUCUUACUUGUGCCGCCUUUCAUCAAAGCUGUUUUACAUUGUUAUGACCGAAAGGCAUCAUACAGUUUGAUCAGCUGCUCUGUACCCCUAAUUAACUUCUCCUGUGUAUAAACAUAAAGAUUGUGCAUUCAUGACGGGAACACUGGAAGCUGGGAGUAAUGAGUCGGAUGAGUCUGUUGAGGCAUGGUGGGAGAGAUUUUUAAAGCAAAAGCUUGCUGAUGAUGAGUUAGAUGUAGAGCUCCGGUCUGCAUGGGAGAACUGUGUUCAGAGACGAGCUAAAUUUGCUCAAGAAGUCAAACGAAUAAUGGAGUUAUAUCAACCAAUAGAGAAGUUACUUAACUCUACACUUAAAUCCGAUCGUGAACAACGAGGUCAAAGUCUCUAUAGAGAAUGGGGUAAAAUACGUCGUAAAGAAUGCCUUCUAGCUUAUUAUGAUAACGAUACAUUUCGUGCCACUUACACUCGACAACGUUAUAUAAAUAGUUCUACAAGUUUCCUUCAGGCUUUAGUCUAUCGAAUUAUACCGGAAAAUCCAGACGUUGAAGUUUAUUUACGGGAUCAUGUUAGUCGUAUUAUUAGUAUUGGUGUUGGUCCCGGGCCAGAUAUAGCUGCUUAUUUGGCAUAUGCACGUUGUCGUGGCUUCACUCAACGUAUUAUUUAUUUUGCCAUUGAUCAAUGUGCUGGAUGGGGCAAUUAUCUAGCUGCUUUUGAUCGUCAAUGGUCAUCUGAAUAUCAAGUGUCUGUUUGGUUUAAAAGUUCACGUUUUAAUAAUCGGGAUGAUGUAGAGACACUACCAGAUGCAGACAUGGUAGUAUUUAGUUUUGCUAAUACAGCUCUUAUGGCUAGUACUAUUUGGCCGUUGUUACAACAGCGUUAUCGAUUCAUCAUUGUUUUAGAUGGAAUUAAGGAGGUUGUUGUUGAUAGUUUCUUGAAUGCUGGAUUUAAAGAUAUUACUCUUACUGAACGAACAAAAGUGUAUUAUCAUUUUAAUGGAAUCCUUCCACUUGAAUCAUCUACAACAUUAGAUCAUGUACUAUGCAGUUAAAUUGUAUUCUUCCUUCUAUUUUUUUUUCUACGAUUUCUCAUUGCUUUUAUACACAUUAUUUUGUAUGAUAGUUUUAAACAAAACAACUAUUUUCUUUUCUUUUUCUUUUUUUUGUUGUUGUUGAAAUCUCAUAGUUCUCUCCUCUUUUUCUAUCUAUUUGAUAUUUUUACGUUUAUCAUCGAGAUAUUGAAAUCUUAACUAUGGUACAACAGAGACUGCGGUACACAUCUAUAUUUUGAUUCAUAACUUUAUGUAUAUAUAAGUAUAGAGGAUUUGUGAAGAUUGCGGAAUUUUUCGCUUCAUACCACAAAAUAACUUUUAGUUUGGUAACCAUUUAAAGCUUAAAAGCCCUACGCAACUGUUUCAUCUUAGUGUAUUACUCUUCGGCAGUACGGAGGUUCGAACCCAAGACCUUAGGGAAAUUGUUACAAGCAUUCAAAUAUUAAACUAAUGAGUCGGUAUCCAGGGGGUUACGAGCUUAACUGUAAUCACUUCAGGGUGUUAAAUAAUAACUGUACAAUGUUAUUGUGGAAAUCUACCUUACACCAGGAAUAACUGAAAUUCAUAGCUUAAACAAAUAAAUCAGUGAACGCCGGUUCAGUGGUCUAAAUGUUGUCCACCUGAAUGCCUGAAAGUCCCGGGUUGUCUUGAAUACACACUACUGAGCAGUCCCAUACCAGGACAUAGUUGUUUUUGACAAUCAUUUAGCUAAGGUCAGUUCGUGAUGAAAACUAUAAAAACAUUUUAAAUAAAGUGUCCUGUCUUAGUCUGAACACUUAAGGCUCUACAUAGAGUUGUGUUAUACUAGAAUUGAUUAAAGUUGGGUACGUAGACCUAUUUCAAUCAACUCAGAUGGUUUCAUGAGUUUCACGAGGCAUGAAGGUUUUAAUAAUGAACUAUGUUGAUCUUAGGAUUGAGUAUUGAUGAGGUUUCCCAAGUUAGGACGAAACGUCGGUUGUGUUUUCUUUUCUUUACAUGGUUCUCAAACCGAUGUAAGUUUACGAUAGAAAUUACUUUAGAAUAUUAAAACUACACACAAAGCAGAAGAAAUUUUCUCAACUAUAGAGUUAUUAUGAUGUAAGAUUUGUAAGUGUGAGU